UUGGUCGCCAGGACGUCGACGUGGAGCCCUCCUCGGAUGACGAAUCCCUUAUGGCUCCUGGUCCUGGGCACGGCAACGGCGGGCGCGAAUCGGAAUCCGUAUCAACUGCAAAAAUUGCCUGGGUCUGGAAAAGUGCAAAAACAUCGUUUGUCAUGCGCGUUUUGUAUAAACGCAUGUGGACUGUGAUGGAUGCCCUGGCAUCACAGAUUCCGUGAGAUCUUUGCCAUGCCUUUUCCGCAUGAGAAACUGCCUCUUGGCUUGCUCAAAUAAAGUGGACGGCUUUAUUGAUAAUCAUGCAACACUCACAGAUCCUUGCAUGAUUCAGAUUUAGCAUGACAAGUUGCACCCUUCCAGACCCAGACACUUUUGUAAUCCAUAAGCCGACGAGAUUGACAAUGAGAACAAGGUGCGCAUCAAUUCACAUGGGUCGAUACGCGGACACGCUGCGGCGAGGGACUCUCAAGAAGAUGAGUCUGAGGAGCUGCAGCAGGAGGAUGAAGAGAUGCCGCAACAGCAGGACUCAGAGGAGGAUCUGGGGCACGAAGAGGGCCUGCAGCAGGAGGGCGAAGACGAGCGGGAGAGCGAGGAGGAGCUGGAGGACGAAGAGGAGCUGGGACAGGUCGUAUUUACGAAGGAGGAGGACACGUUGCUUGCGAAGCGGUAUGUGGAGACGAAUCUGGGGUCCUAUGAGGAGGCUGUGCGCGACGCAGACCAUAUGAACUGCAAAAGUAUCGCACUCGUAUAAAUGCAUAGAUAUACAAAUCUCCUCAGCAUGAGAAAAAAAAAUUGUAGUCCUAAAGAAAAAGAUAAAGAUUUGCAAUGCAUGCUUGCGAUACGAGUGCGAUACUUUUGCACAGCAUAGGCCAGAGCGUCCUGCUAUUUUUGAAAAACAAGCUGCUCAAGUCGUUGCUGAAGUGUCUCUGGCUGGAGUGGAGUAUGACCGCCGCCCUGAUUAUCACCGUUGGCUGCAGCCUGUGCAGAAAGUGCAAGCAGCACCAGGCGCAACUCGAGCGGGCCGCCCGCCUCCGUAUUGAAGACCAGUGCAUCCCUGUUCCCCGCCCCAAAGCCAAGUCGGGGCCCGGAAAGUAUCCUGUGCAAAAGUAUCGAAUUCGUAUUGCAGACAUGCAUUACAAAUCCAAUCGUUUAUGUAAAUCCGCAUUACAUAUUAAUUGAGUUCUCAUUCUCAAUCUCAUGCUGAAGAAAUUUGUAUUACGCAUUUAUACGAGUGCGAUACUUUUGCAGUUCAUAGACAGAUGAAAUCCGCAAAGGCAAAAGCGGCUCCAGCAACAGGGAUUAGACAGCAGGGCAACGCGGGCGAAGGCGAGUGGGCGGAUUGCACGAAGCCAGUUUUCAAAAACGGCGAGUCCGCGAGUAUGAACCGGAUUCACCAAUCAGGUGGUCAGAAGCAGCACACCGGGGGCCAAGGUCAUCGGAUAGCCGCCGGGGAGGAAAUUGACCAAGCUCCCGUGGUAUCAAAUGCAAAGAUGGCCGGGUGUGGAAGCAUGCAACUUGUGAUGCUACAUCUGGAUUCCAAAAAAAUCUGUAUUGCAUGAGCAGCAGAGGGAGUGUAAUUUUUCCUACCCGGAGGGGCCAUUUGUCAUGCGUUAUAGGCAUUAAGAAGCCUACUGCCUACAAAAAAUGAAAAUCUGUGAUGCUAGGGCAUGCAUCACAGACAUCAGGGCUCAUGCACGACGUGCGUGACAAAUCUUAGAAUCAUCCAGACCCAGACACUUUUGCAUUUGAUACUUGAACGGCGACGCAGACCUCGACGCCAACGCAAUUCAGCCGUCGAUGAAAGAGCUUUGCAAGGAGUACGCAAAGAACCGGGGCCAUGGCGGGCGGGCACAGCUGCAGAACACUUUUACCAACUUGUUUUUCAUCGUGCGAUACCGGUUGCCAGAGAACAUCUUUGCGGGCUUGCUGGAGCUAUGCAAGACAACCGGCGGGUCUGUCUACGCCUCCGGCGGUUUCAACGACUACCUCUGGGUUGCGUUGAAGCAGGGGAUUCUCGAGAAAAAGCAAAGGCUGGCGGGAAGAAUUAUGGGGCUCUCAAGCGUUACGCCCCCAGCUGUUACAUGAUUUGCGAUGCAAAAUCAGCAGCAGCAUCUUCAACGCGAUCAAGUUAAUUCGCAUGACAAAUUAUCGAAGGGCAAGGCAUCGUCUAAAUCUGUCCAAAAUUUGCAAUGCGAGAGCUUCAAGUGCGCGCCCCGCACCACUGCUGCUCUUGCAUUGCAAAUUUAUGUAACAGCUGAGAACGUAACGUUUGAGAAGUCCAUAAGAGUUGGCUACUGUUGUUUAUCAGCAGACGAAAAAGACGGCUGCAUCAGUGUGCGGGUGUCCUUCAUAGCGUCAGGUGAGAUGCCGAAGAAAGUGGAUAUGCAUCUCGCCGCUUUGCCGGUCGCAAAUAAGUCACCGCACACCGUUUACGGAGUUCUCCGGCAAAUUCUACAACUGGUGGGGCUGGACUACGGUGAUAAUUGUUGUCUUCAAUUUGACGGCGCGAGGGAGCUUGGCGGCACGUGCGCCAUGACGCUGGACUUCGCCAACGUGGGGAAGGAAACAGCAGCACUCGCACGGGAUGCAGCGCUCCCAAAAAACCAUCAGUACGCAUUCGACGACGGAAUUGAUGCCUUGGUGGCAGGCAACGAAAGGGCGCAGCGGGAGGAGCUUGCGGCGGGGCUUCACGAGGAAAAACGCGGGGUCUCGGGCGGCAAGGUGCUAGAUCUGCUGGACGCCUUGUGCUCUGAGAACGCAGAGUUGAAGCAGGAAGUAUUGGCAGUUGCACCCCUUCCAUCGGGUGCGAAAAAAACGAAUCUCCUGAAGAUGUUGCUGAAGGACUACGAGAAUCAGAUCUUCGUCCUCUUGUGUGGUGCGCACGACGCUAGUGCGUCGCUGAAAAAAGCCUGGGCAUGAAUUGCAAAAGAAUCGCAGCAGCUGCAAUUGCAUUACAAAUUUCCUCAGCAUGAUGAAACGCGGACUCUGUAAUGCGGAUUGACUUGAAGUUGAAGAGGAGGAUCUCUGUGCAGCGCAAGCAUGACUGCAAUUGAUACGAGCUGUGCGAUAUUUUUGCACAGGAUACGUGCUCGCUGCUGAAAAUUUUACCCUCCCGGGCGCACGGGCCGGGGAAUGCCCGUCCCUGGACACCAUUUGCCGCGUAAUGAACAGCUUCUACUACAUAUCCUAUUUAAAAACGUCCCCGCCCUAUAGUUGUCAUGCAGAUUUGCAUCUACAGAAAAAUCUGUGAUACACAUCCGCGAGAGAGGAAUUUGUAGUCGUGUUCUGGGAUUUGUAAUGCUAUGAAUGAAUAAAUAAACAGGAUGAGCAGACGCCUCUGUGAUGCGGCUGUCCUUGCCAAACAGCACUACACUACAGAUGAUAACCUGGCACGCAUACCUCCCAAAGCUGGGAGACUUGUAUUGCAGAUUUACCAACUUGACUACGGUGCGGGGACGUUUUUACUCAGGAUACUACAGCCUGCAGUCGUCGCACAAGUUGAAGACGGAGCUGAGUGCCUUCGUUGCCACGACACAGGACGCAGCGGUGCGGUCGACGGGAUCACUGCACGCGAUUCACUCUCGAUGGAAUUUCCACCGGGUUGUGCUGACUUUCCUGGUGCAGCACCACGCAGCACUGACGGAGUUUGUCUUCCUUCAGAUCAAGAAGCUCGGACAUGCGUCUUAUUUUGGCGAGGGACCGAAUAUCGCGAUCAUCCAGCGGGCGCUCGGGGUAGUGCCGCUGGAGCCUCCUCCCCCGAAAGCCAAGGCGGCCGGUGCACCUUCAAAAGCAAAAGCGGCGGCGGUGGGACCCAGCAAGGGCAAGGGGCAAGGGAAAGGCGCCGCUACGAACGGCGGGCGGGUAGCACCGUCAAAGCAGGCUGCCGCGGAGACGUGGUGUGAGAGGGCAAGUUUGCUUAUUUAUGGGUUGCAAAUAUGUCUGGGUCUGGAAGAGCCAGACCUGUGAUGCUGCAUGUGGAUGCUACAGAAGUCUAUCUGUAUUGCAUGAACAGCAAGAAGAGUCAAAUUUGGCUACGCGGAGAGCGGAUUUGUCAUGAAUGCAGGGUGCGCAACGGUAGGCGCUCAAAAAAUGUGUGAUGCUAGGGCAUAUGUCACAGACAUCAUGGAAAAUGUGCAUGACAAACUUCUCCUCUUCAAGACCCAGACAUUUUUGCACUCGGUAUUAUUUAUCCUGUGCAAAAGUGUCGCAUUUGUAUAAUUAAAUGCAAGCUCUGCAUUACAAAUAUUUUUCCUAAGGUAAACGAGCAUGACAAAUUUCAUUUUUCAUGCUGAGAAAAUUUGCAAUGCAUUUACUUAUGCGAGUGCGAUACUUUUGCAGUUCAUAUUACUUCGUGGCCGACAAUUUUGAUGGCAGCUGCGACGGCGGAUUUGUGUACCACAGUCGACGCUUCGAUCUUCAAGCCGUUCCAGUGUUUGGGCCAGGAGCCGAAGUUCGGGGAGCUGGAAACAAUCUGCUGCCAGGCACAGCUGAAUCUCGUCGCAACCCUGGAGUCGAUUGACGCCCAGCUUGAUGCGCUUCGCCUGGACGAGGCCGAGCGGGAGGUCGCUGCAAUUAAGAAAGCGAGGCAGGAGAACAGAGCGGAAAUGGCGGAGAAGCUGAAGAUAUGGACUGCAAACAGGUCUGGGGCUGGAAGGUUGCAACCCGCAACCGCAGCAAGGCUGUCUUUGGAUUCCAAAAAAAAUUAACUAUAUUGCAUGACCAGCAACUGCAACAGCAGUCCAGUUUAUGCUACGUACGCGGGCACGGCGUUUGUCAUGCGGAGUAGGUAUCUAUCAGGAACCCUUCUAAAACUAAAAUUGUCUGAUGCUGGGCCAUUCAUUGCAGGGAACAUCGGUCAUGAGAGAUAUGCAUGACAGAUCUUGCAUUCUUCCAGACCCAGACAUUUUUGCAGCUGAUAGAAGAACUUGCGCAAAAGGCUUGGAGUAAAAAUCGAAGCAGCAAAAGCGCAGAGCAGCGCCGUGCCGAUGCUUCAGCGUGUCUUCCGGAUGAACACGGAAACUGCAAUGGGAGGCAUCAUCUUCCCCCAGGAGUCAAAGUUGCGGGACUUGGCCUGGCAGAACAAGUCUGCAGUGGCGAUGAGCUGUGUAAGGGGCAAGCUCAACUGCUUCGUUGAAAACUUCUGCGACGGCAUCGAGACGCUGAUGGCGAAGCGAACAAACUGGGCCCAGGUCGGGAGAAUGUUUUGCGCGAAACUCGGCACCGAGAUCGAUCCGAAGUACGAGGACUGGAAGGAGGACAUCAGAGAGUGCCAGGUCCAGUGCAAAAUCCGAGGGUCACCGAUCGAGGCGCUGGUGUUUCUGCAUAAAAAAGACACUAGGCAACUGGACCUCGGGCGGCCGGCCUUUCGACUUCUCAACGCGUGCGCGCUGGCCGAGUUUAGUACGGCGCAGAACGAUAUGGACUGCAAAUGUGUCUGGUUCUGGAUGAAGAUUCUAACUAAAGCUGUGAUGCUGUCUCUUGAUCCGAAAAAAAAAAACUGUGUUGCAUGACCAGCCAGGGCGCUGCAGUUUGUGCUACGCGGAGAGGGCAUGUCUCAUGUGGUAGAGGCAUCGCAAAGCCUUCUCAAAAUCUGUGAUGCCAGGUCAUGCAUCACAGAGAGACAUCAGGGGUCAUGCAAAAUAUGCUUGCAUGUUGACAAACCUUCCAUUCUUCCAGACCCAGACAUAUUUGCAUGUGAUAAACAAAAGGGACCUCAAGCAACUUUACGAACAGAAGCAAAAGAACGCGGGGACGGUGAAAAUGGUCGGGCGGCACAGUUUAGACCAAAUUCUGAAACACGAACAGGCGGGAACGGAGGCAGAGUUCGCAGCUGCUUGCGCGUCCCUGUAUCUUUCCAACAGGUGCCGGGCGCCCUUCCAGAGGGAGAAGAACGCACACGAGCGGUCCGACAAGGGCGCGAAGCGGGGGCCGCAGGAUGGAGAUGAGCGCUUUGCAACGAAGGUGGGACUGAAUGCGGCGGACGUCCGUGCAGCGGCGCGCGCGGCAGCACCCGAGCCCGUGAAGAAGAAGGCUCACGCGGGAGGAGGAGUGGGCGCGGACGCCUCCAAGCUCGUCCUGAACGAGGCCAACGACGACCUGAAGAACUCGGUUUUUGAAGGGCGGGAGGAGGAGAUUAUGCCCGCCGAAUAUCUCAAACACGAGACACCCGCAGCGACUGCGACAUUCUCAAAAAAGCAGGUGUCGCUGCUGGAGCAUGUGACGGCGCAGGGGAAGAAGAAGAACGGAACUGGGGCGGGUGGCAGUGUGCCCACAGCAAAUAUGUCUCUCUGGGUCGUCUGCAGAGUAAGUUCGAACAGUGGCGUAAGUCUGUGAGUGAAGGGUGGUCGCGCUGCAAUAUAGAGGCAGGCACGACUGCAGUUGUGAUGUGCUAGAAGCGGUGGCAGUGCCCUGCGCCUCCAUUCGCAUGGUAUAUUGCGUCUGCCCGUCACAGAUUUAAGUGAGGGUCAUGCCAAACAAGCAUGGCGGGCAGACUUCAAAUCUUUCCAAGGCCAGACAUAUUUGUAAUGCAUACAGGAGUAGCAGCUCGAGCGCCAGUAGCAGUCUUGCCGCGAGCAAGCAAGCGGGAGGACGGGGGGUGGGCAGCGCAGGGAGCAGUAGCAGAGUCGCCGCCGGGGCUGGCCACGCCAUGAAGGAGACCUUGCUUGGAGAGUCGUCCGCAGCUGGGCCGACUGGUAGUUUGAAGAUGAGCCUCGACCACGGCUUCAUGAGCUCGACCGUUAGUAGCCGCCUAAAGCAGGCCAACAGCAGCAAGCCCAGCAGCUCAGUGUCUUCCUUGGGGAAGGCGGGCAGCGCUGCCACCUCGUCGUCGAAAGUGCUGCAGCCUCCGGCGCCUUAUCAAAUGCAAAUGUGUCUCAAUGGGUCUGGAAGGGUGGAAUUUGUAAUGCUGUCUGCGGAUGAUAAAAGUAUCUGUGUCGCAUGAGUAGCAAGACCAGUCAGCUCUUGGCACGCGGAGAGGGCAUUUGUCAUGCGUAAUUUAUUAGCAUCAAGAAGCGAAAAAUCUGUGAUGCUAGCACCAGCAUCACAGACCUCACGGGUCAUGCAAAAUCUGCAUGACAAGCCCCGACUCCUCCAGACCCAGACAUAUUGAUAUUUGCAGUUCAUACGCCUUCGAAAAAACCUGCGGAAAGUACACUGCAGCCCGCGGCCUCUCACGCAGGCCGCCCCGUCGCGGCAAAGGGCAAAACCUCGGGGGGGCCCAGCUCUAGCUCUACGGCGAGAUCGUCGGCGAACGUGAAAGAGGACUUUUUAUCAAAUGCAAAGACUUAUCUAUGUCUGGGUCUGGAAGAGUGCAGGAGUUUGCCAUGCAGUUUCUUUUUGCAUGACCUUGACCCAUGAGGUCUGGAAUGCGGCAUCUAGCAUGACAGAUUCUGCAACGUCUCUGCCAUGCCUAUCUUGCAUGAGAGGUUCCUUCUCAACGAACUUGGUAAUCAUGCAGCACAGAUUUUUUGCAUGAUUCGAAUUUAGCAUGACAAGUUGCCAUCUUCCAGACCCAGACAUCUUUAAAGUGCAUUCUUUUUCAAGAUGAGCAAUACGCUGAGCGCUGGCGGUACAAUUGGAUUGAUAAUUACAAUAAUGAUACAAAGGGUGUGUUUGGGUGUAUGUCGGUUUCUCUUUUGUCUGCUGGUGCUGGUGCGAAGAUGAAAUCUAUUUUACAGAUAGCGCCUCUGCGGGUAGUGUUGCAGUCAGAUACGUGCAGCAAGAUAUAUAACCCUCUGAAUCAGGUCGCGGCGCGGAGGUUGCAGCCGCCGGCCACGUGACCGGAGGACCCACUGGCGGCGCCACAGCUGGCGGCGGUUCAAAAAAAAGGGCUAGGGUCGUAAGGAACGUGCAGGUCGACGGGAAUAAGAUUCGGCGGGUCGAGGAGUCCGAAUCCGAAGAGGGCGACCGGGAUGCUGAUGGGAAGAAGUUCGGCUGA